AAAACUGAUACAUUUCUUCUGCUUACCGCUGUUGAAGUUGCUAUUAAACACUUAGUUAUCACUUUGGCUUCUAAAUACAGUUUUCAAAAAGCAUCAUAGAACCCAUUGACAUCUCAACAACUGGCUUUGUUUAUAUCUUUUAGAGAGUUUAUCCUUGUUCUGAAUCCAUCGUUUUUUGGUGUAUCGUGUUUCUUAAUCUUAGAAACAACCCAUUGUUCGAAUUUUCCAAAUCUAAACUAUCCGAACACACUGCUUACGUGGUUCUAGUGAUCGUUGACUUCCAACAAUUUUCCACAGCUUCCGCUUGAUCAAUAAUAUAAACUCCACAGUAUGGGACAAAUACUUUCUCAACCAGUAACCGAAAAACAUUCGGAGAAUUCGGAGGAUUCCCAUGUAUCUUAUGGUCUCUCUUGCAUGCAAGGUUGGAGAAUCAAUAUGGAAGAUGCACACGCCACCAUUUUAGAUAUGCAUGAUGUUAAGAAAUUCGAAGUCGAUCAAGACGACGCAGAGGAUAAAGAACACGAAGUACCUAAGUCUAACGGAGUUACGAAUGAUGAUUCCGACCAAGAGCAUGUAAGCUUCUUUGGAGUGUAUGAUGGGCAUGGAGGUGAAAAGGCUGCCAUCUUUGCUGGUGAAUAUUUGCACCGUAUCAUCAAGGCUACCGCUGCUUACAGCAAAAAGGACUAUGUUAACGCGUUGAAAGACGGGUUUUUAAGUUGUGACCAGGCAAUUUUGAACGACUACAAUAUGAGAGAUGACGACAGUGGGUGUGCUACGACUACGGCCAUUAUUACCACCUCUGCCAUCUACUGUGGUAACGCAGGUGACUCCAGAACCGUGAUGUCCAUUGAUGGAUUUGCGAAAGCGUUGUCGUACGAUCAUAAACCUUCCAAUGAAGGUGAAAAGACCAGAAUCUGUUCUGCUGGAGGUUAUGUCGACAUGGGAAGAGUUAAUGGUAACUUGGCGUUGUCCAGAGGUAUUGGAGAUUUUGAAUUUAAAAAGAAUAUCGAUUUACCUGCUGAAGAGCAAAUUGUCACUUGUUAUCCUGAUGUGAUCCAACACAACAUCGACUUUUCCAAAGACGAGUUUGUCAUUUUAGCUUGUGAUGGUAUCUGGGAUUGUUUGACCUCUCAAAAUGCUGUUGAAUGUGUUAGAAGAGGUAUCUUUGAAAGAAAAGACUUUACCACUAUCUGUGAAGAAAUGAUGGAAUUAUGUUGUGCACCAACCAGCGAUGGUUCUGGUAUUGGGUGUGACAACAUGUCCAUUGUUAUUGUGGCAUUAUUAGAUUAUACCAAGAAAGAAACUUUAGAGCAAUGGUACGAUAGAGUGAUUGAAAAGAUCAACAUUUCUCAAUCUGAUGAAGUUGAUGAGAAAACCAAGGCCAAAUAUGGACCUGUUUCCAGUCCAUACGGACAAAUCUACAAGGAAAUCUACGGUCAGUAUUAUGAAAUCGGCCAACAGGCUCAAUCUGCUGGUUCAAGAGGUGCCCCAAGUGCACAAAGUGGACUUGGGGGUUACUCAAUGUUUGGUGGAUUACAAGGAUUACGUGGUAACAACACGGGAUUCACCGGCGACGAAGAUAAUGACGACGAAGAAAAUAACGACAUCAAGAUUGCUAAUGAAGGUGAUGAAAUCACUGCCAAUGGUGCUAUAUCAUUGCAAAAAUUAUUGGCAUCCAACGCUAUCACCAAUGAGAAUGGAGUGAUUUACUUGGAUACCAGCUCUGCUCAAUCGUUAUUAGCUCAUUUCGGGGUGCCUGGUGCUGCUGAAGAUGUCAAUUUCGAAGACGUAGAGGACCUAGAAGAUGGUGAAGAUGUUCAUGAUAAACAUAUAGAAGAAGAUAUCGAUGAUGAUGAAGAAUGAAUUAAUUAAAUUCACCUUCUAGUUAACCUGAAGCUAAUGAUUAACGUUGAUGACCUUUCAAUUAAUUUGUUAAUUUGCAUAAAGAUUCUUUUACCUCCUUUUUUUAUCCAAUCAUUUAUUCGGUCACAACGAUUAAUAAUGUUUCCUGCUCUUUUUUGUAUAUGAAUAUAUUUUUCUAUUGUA